UGGACCAACCGAAUUUAAUCCGCAAGAACCGCCACAUGGAGGUGUGGUACAAGCCGGACUUCAAAUUCCGCUUCCCCACCGCCUUACUUUAUUUCUAUUUCAUCACGCCGCUCAGCCUCAAAUCACCGAGAGAAGCAUGCCUCAUGGAUUUAUGGAACGACGUAUUACAACAAGGACUAAAGGAAGAAGUGUAUCCAGCUAACAUGGCGGAUCUCCUACAUUCUAUGUAUGUCUCGGACAAGGGGAUUGCAAUGAAAGUGCAAGGUUAUAGUCAGAAUUUGCACUUACUGGUAGACAUGGUGACGCGAGAAAUGCGCGGCGCAGCCACCAAUCUGUCCUCGGACAUGUUUGAGGCGGUUCGGGACGUGCGCGCGCGCUCGUAUCACAACGUGUUGCUACGCCCACACAAGCUAGCGAAGUGAGUACACGAAUAACUA